AGUGCGCUCUUUGUUCGCUGGAAGGCAGGAGUUUCAUUAUGUUCGUCCGUGUCUUUUCGGAGGAUUGUGGGGCAGCUUUCGGCGGGUUCAGUUAAAAUGGCGCCGUUGCUAAGAGUAGACAGUCAAGGCAAGAAUAACGGCUGCAGGUAGAUUUGGACACCGAACCGGAACCGUAUUGCACUUAGCAGCGCCAUGGCAGGCCUGGAUCAGAAAUCACCGAAUGUCUUGCUUCAGAGCCUGUGCUGUCGGAUCAUGGGCAAGAGCGAAGUUGACGUUGCACACCAGUUCCAGUAUGCUGUCCGAGUUGUUGGAAGUAAUUACGCUCCUACAAUUGAACGGGAUGAGUUUCUUGUUGCCGAAAAGAUAAAAAAAGAACUUGUAAAGCAGAGAAGAGAAGCAGAUGCUGCACUUUUAUCGGAGCUUCACAGAAAACUUCAGUCACAGGGGGUGUUAAAGAACAGAUGGUCCAUACUCUACCUCUUGCUCAGCCUUUGUGAAGAUCCACGCAAACCACCGGUCAGGGUUGCCAAUUAUGCAGCACUGUUUGCUCAGGCUUUGCCAAGAGAUGCUCAGUCUACCCCACAAUACUACUGUGCCAGGCCACAGAGCCUCCCGCUAAGCUAUCCCGAUAGGACCCAGUCUGCACAGAGCUCUGGUAGUAUGGGCAGCAGUGGGGUCAGCAGUCUCAGUAUAUAUGCAACGAAUGGGCCAACGCAUACCCCGCAGUCUCUGCUUCCAGGACAAACUCAAGGCAUGGGAGACUCUCUUCGCCAGCAGCUGAGCUCACGGCUUGCGUGGAAUCUCUCUGCCGCAGCACCUUCAGUGCCAACUUCUACCUCAAGAGGCCUUGCAAACUCUGUGCCACGCAGUGUGCCAAGAUCUAGAAGGGAAGGGGACACAGGAAGCGGCUCUGUUGAAAUAAGUGAGUCUGCCCUCGUAAGAGACAUUUUAUAUGUCUUCCAGGGAAUUGAUGGAAAAUGCAUCAAAAUGUGCAGUUCUGAAAGCUGCUAUAAAAUAGAUGGAAAGAUUGCAAUAUCUAAGUCGCUGAGAGACAUCACAAGCAGGCUAGCAGAAUUGGGGUGGUUACAUAACAAAGUGAGAAAAUACACAGAUCAGAGGAGCCUAGACCGGGCAUUUGGACUUGUUGGACAGAGUUUUUGUGCUGCAUUACAUCAGGAACUUAAGGAGUACUACAGACUACUCUCUGUUUUGCAUUCCCAGUUGCAGGUUGAAGAUGACCAAGGUGUGAACCUGGGGGUUGAAAACAGUUUGACACUCAGGCGCCUUCUUGUUUGGACUUAUGAUCCAAAGAUCAGACUGAAAACCCUUGCAGCACUUGUGGAUCACUGUCAAGGGAGAAAAGGGGGAGAGCUAGCGUCAGCUGUCCAUGCUUACGGUAAAACAGGGGACCCGUACAUGAGGGCACUAGUGCAACACAUUCUCAGCCUGGUGUCCCAUCCCAUCCUAAACUUCCUGUACCGCUGGAUUUACGAUGGGGAGCUGGAGGACACAUACCACGAGUUUUUUGUAGCCUCUGACCCAACAGUGAAGACUGACCGACUAUGGCAUGAUAAGUAUACUCUUAGAAAAUCGAUGAUCCCUUCCUUUAUAGCUAUGGAUCAGGCCAGAAAGGUGCUUCUAAUUGGAAAAUCUAUUAACUUCUUGCAUCAAGUUUGCCAUGACCGAACUCCUCCUGGUAAAAUAAUAGCUGCGUCAAAAUCUGCGGAUUCUCUCAAAGAUGCUGCUGAGUUAUUUACUGAUUUGGAAGGUGCCUUCCAAGGCAAUAUUGAUGCAGCCUAUUUUGAGACAAGUAAAUACCUGCUUGAUGUUCUAAACAAGAAUUACCACCUGCUGGAACACAUGCAGGCCAUGAGAAGGUACUUGCUCCUGGGUCAAGGAGAUUUCAUACGCCACUUAAUGGACCUGCUAAAGCCUGAAUUGGUGAGGCCAGCCACUACCUUGUAUCAGCAUAAUCUAACAGGGAUCCUUGAGACGGCAGUCAGAGCAACCAAUGCCCAGUUUGACAGUCCUGAGAUUCUCAAGCGACUUGAUGUCCGACUUCUGGAGGUAUCCCCAGGUGAUACAGGCUGGGAUGUGUUCAGUAUGGACUAUCACGUUGACGGGCCAAUUGCAACGGUAUUCACUCGGGAGUGCAUGAGUCAUUACUUGCGGGUGUUCAACUUCCUCUGGAGAGCUAAGCGGAUGGAAUAUAUUCUUACUGACAUUUGGAAAGGCCAAAUGUGCAAUGCCAAACUCCUCAAGAGCAUGCCAGAACUCUCUGGAGUACUGCAUCAGUGUCACAUCCUGGCAUCGGAAAUGGUCCACUUUAUUCACCAAAUGCAGUAUUACAUUACCUUUGAGGUGCUGGAAUGCUCUUGGGAUGAACUCUGGAACAAGGUGCAACAAGCGCAAGAUUUGGACCACAUCAUUGCUGCUCACGAAGUGUUCCUUGAUACCAUAAUUUCACGGUGUCUACUAGACACUAACUCACGAGCUCUUCUGAAUCAACUUCGAGCCAUCUUUGAUCAAAUUAUUGAGUUCCAGAAUGCACAGGACACCUUGUACCGGGCUGCCCUGGAGGAGCUCCAGCUCAGACUGCAGUUUGAAGAAAGGAAGAAACGGCUCCAAUCUGAGGGAGAGUGGGGAGUAACAGCAGCAGAUGAAGAGGUGGAAAACAAACGAGUUCAAGAAUUUUGUGAAACUAUACCAAAAAUGCGCUCUCAGCUACGAAUACUUACACAUUUCUACCAGGGUAUUGUGCAACAGUUCUUGGUGUUGCUGAUGACGAGUACGGAUGAAAGUCUCCAGUUUCUCAGCUUCAGACUCGAUUUCAACGAGCACUACAAAGCAAGAGAACCUCGGCUGCGGAUGUCCUUGGGGACCACUAGGGGGCGACGAAGCAGCUACAUGUAGAACAGCCAGCAGCAUUUUAUACAACAACUCAAUAGGGCUACAUGGACAUUUUAAGUGUGUCAGAUGCUGGGUUCUGAAAAGUUUCUGUGUUGUUGCCAAACAAAACCUAGCAACCCCAAAACUGCUCCAGUAAACCGCGUGGCUAAAUGAUGUGUCAUUUAGUAGCACAAGGUCAAUUUCAAUUUUUUUUGCCUUUUUUUUUUAUAGCUGACUUGUAGAAACUAAAAAUGGCAAUUCAUUCUCUUCACUAGAUGACAUCACAUCAAUGCUAGUAACUUGCAUACAUUAUGCUAUUCUUCAUAUACAUUGUUUGCUAUUUGAAUUUGAGUAGUUUUUUUUUCUUCUUCAAUCAUUAUGUAAAAAGUUGCUUUUUUCUCUCCCACUGUAAAUUCCCACAUUUUGCUACAGUUGCACUUGGGUUUGUGUACACAUUCUUUGUUGUGCGUUUCCAAAGGAUUGGAGGCUGCACAAUUGCAGAGACAUUUUCCUUGUAUUACAAAAACAUUAUUAUUCUGUCAGGACAGGAGUAGACAGAUGGACUCAACAUUAUAUACGCAAUGGCAACAUUUAAUAAAACCAUCACUUGUCAGUUUAAAAAAAAAAAUAUCUGUAAGUAUACUUUUGGACAAUCAACAGCAUGCAGCAAUGCUGACUACUAGCUGAUGUCCUGAGUAUUUGAUGUUCCGAUGGUCUUGCAGUGUCUGAUCUACUAAGACUACCAAGCGGCACUUUGCCUUGGCCGUUGAGGAUUAGAGGAAUUCAAGUUUUAUAAUUCACAUUUAUUUAUUUUGGCACCAUAUUACUAUCUAACAAAGCUGUUUUUUUUUUUUUUUUUUUUUUUUUUGUUAAAAUUCAUUUUAAAUGUAAUCAACAGAACAAUGGUGUUAAACAUAACUUGAAAAAAGGGAUGUGCUUAACUUUGGGGCUCAAUUUGAUAACCUAAUUGAAGCUCUGCUAGCAAUCAAAUUUCGUUGUCUUUUUGGACUGAGUAAUGUCUUUCUUGUUCCAGCUUUGAUAACUCAGUAUCACACGUAAUGUAAUUCACUUAUCUGUUAAUGUCUUAGAAAUUGACACGCCACAAGCACAGGCUUAGUGAGCACCCUCACUUGUGGGUCAAGUUGUGUUUAACAGCCUAUACAACCUGAAUGAAUGUAUGGCUGGAGUAUGAUUUAUUCCCUUUUGAAAUCUACAUUAGUGUAUUUUUUCAGUGUGACCGCAGAUCUCUCCUGUUACACCAUACCUCUCUUCCACUUGGAUCAGAUGCUGUUUCUGAACUGUAGCAUUCUGGAGCAACACAUCAAGAAAAUAUUUCAGCAAAUUUAUAUAGGACAGAUGUAUAUAGCAAAUACACACAUUUAAAAAACAGUUGUGCCACAUAGUCUUAGAUAAAAUUACUUCUUGAUUUGUAUGUGGUUUUGAUGAAAAGGUGCUUUAAUGAAAGAGGAGUUUAUAUGAGUGUCUGAGCUCAAGAUUUUUAUUAUCAUUUUUUUUUUUUUAAAAACCUUCAGUUUAUGUUUUGAAAUCCAAAAUGUUUUAAAAUGCCUUUGCUCAAGUGAGCUAUUGGUGAUGAUUUUUGGGAAUUCCUCAGAUUUUCAUCAGUAUUGAUUUAUGCACCAAAAUAUGCUCAUGUUACUCAACUUGUGGUUGUUUGUUAAUAAGGAGUACUAAAUGUGGGCAGUAGUAUUUAUGUGUUGUCCAUUUUGCUAUCAUUACACCAUCCGAAAGACUGUAGUAAGCUCAAAACUGACUCCUAAAUACAAAUACAUUUUAAUAAUUAAUAUUUGGCCACAAUGGCCUGUCUUCUUACUUACUAUCUGAACCAUGUUCAGUUAGUAAGCUAAAGAUGCUGAUCUAGUAAAUACUUUUUUUGUGCCUCUGUGUUGGAACUAAUGUAUUUUUUUUUACCUUGUUUUACAGAGUAAUAAACCAUGCAUACAUACAAAUAAACUA